GAAUCUGUACUAUCGGUUACUAUGUUUUAUCGAACAAAACAAAAAAAUCUCCUACUACACGUGCAUGAUUUUCUCUGUGUUCAAUUCAGCUGUUAAACCUUGACAGUGAUGUCCAGUAAUGUUACAGAAGACGUCGGGGCUGUAACUUCAGAUGAUGCAACUUGGAUUUUAACAGCAGCAUUUGUUAUUUUUACAAUGCAAACUGGUUUUGGUUUAUUGGAAUCUGGAGCCGUCUCAAAAAAGAACGAAGUGAAUAUUCUAUCAAAAAAUGCAGUAGACGUUAUUCUUGGAGGUUUGUCUUAUUGGGUUUUCGGUUAUGGUUUGCAAUAUGGUAAAGAACCUGGCACAACGAUUUUCUGUGGUGUCGGCUACUUUUUACUGGAUUCAUCGCCAGAUGAAAUGGGUAUUAUUUUUGCAACUUUUAUUUUCCAGUUAUCUUUUGCAACCACAGCUACUACUAUAGUAUCGGGUGCAAUGGCCGAAAGAGCAAAUUUCAACGCUUAUUGUAUAUUUUCUUUUGUCAAUACCGUUGUCUACUGCAUACCAGCUGGUUGGAUUUGGGGAGAUCAUGGAUAUUUGAAACAUUUGGGUGCAUUAGACUUUGCGGGUUCUUCAGCAGUGCAUUUAGUUGGUGGUGCUUCUGCUUUAGUUGCAUGUUUGCUCUUAAAACCCCGAUUACGAAAGAUUGAAGCUAUGGGAGCUUCUUUACCGAUGGGAAAUUCUGGUAACGCAGUUGUAGGAACUUUCACUUUAUGGUGGGGUUGGUUAAUGUUUAACUGCGGAAGCACUUUUGGAAUUUCAAAUAAUAAAUGGCAUUAUGCAGGAAGAGCUGCUAUUAACACUAUGAAUGCAUCAUUAGGAGGAGGAAUCGCUGCCAUUUUCUAUACAUAUUGGAAAAAUAAGCAAUACAACGUCAGUGAUAUUUUGAACGGUAUCCUUGCUGCUCUCGUGGGAGUAACAGCUGGGUCAGCUUUUUUGGGAUCUGCUUCUUCAGUAUUAGUAGGAGCAGUUGGAGCAAUUUUAUCUUGUUAUACAACUCCAAUGUUUGAAAAAUUUGAUAUAGACGAUCCUGUAAGUGCAAUCGCUGUGCAUGGAGUAGGUGGAAUUUGGGGUAUGGCUGCAGUAGGUUUAUUCAUAGAAGAUGAUCCCAUAUUAGAGUUAUCAAAUGGACGAAAAGGACUUUUCCAAGGUGGAGGAUUUUAUUUGCUUGGAGUUCAAUUAUUAACUUGUUUAUGUGUUAUUAUAUGGAGUAUGAGUUUUUCACUUUUAGAAUCAGGAUGUGUAACAAGAAAAAACGAAGUAAACAUUAUGAUGAAAAAUGUUGUAGAUGUACUCUUCGGAGGAAUUGCAUAUUGGAUGUUUGGUUACGGUUUAAGUUUUGGAGAAGAAAGAGGAGCUAAUCCUUUGUUUGGCGUUGGAUUUUAUUUCGUCGAAGCCAGUCAAUUUCAAAUGGGUUACGUAUUUGCCGAAUUUCUUUUUCAAUUAUCUUUUGCUACAACAGCAACAACUAUUUGUUCUGGAGCCAUGGCUGAAAGAUGUAAUCUUACCUCUUAUUGUAUAUUUAGUUUUUUCAAUAUUGUAAUUUUUUGUCUUCCGGCUCAUUGGAUCUGGAGCCGUUUAGGAUUCCUAAGUCAAAUGAAAGUUGUAGAUAUUGCUGGGUGUUCGGCAGUCCAUUUAGUAGGAGGAAUAUCGGGUUUGGUAGCUACAUUGAUGUUAAAGCCUCGAUUAGGAAGAUAUGAAGUUGAAGAUGAAACAGUGGCUAUGAAUUGUCCUACCAAUGCUAUUGUUGGAAUGUUUAUGUUAUGCUAUGCGUUCAAAAAACGAAAAUUCAUAAUUAUCAAUAUUAUUAAUGGGAUUUUAUCAUCUCUUGUUUCUAUUACAGCUGGAUGUGCUAUUUAUCAUCCUUUCGAAGCGUUAAUUAUUGGAGCUAUUAGUUCUCUAAUGACGAAUAUUAGUAUGCCUCUUCUCGAUCGUUUCCGCAUCGAUGAUCCUGUUGGAGCAAUCAGUGUCCAUGUUAUUGGUUCUAUCUGGGGAAUGAUUUCUAUUGGAUUGUUUGUCGAAGAAGAUUUGUUGCUGAAACUGAGUCAAGGACAGUCUGGACUUUUUCGUGGUGGAGGAUUUCGACUGUUAGGAGUUCAAGUGCUUGCUGUUGUUAUUAUAGGAAUUUGGAGUGCAGUAACAACUUUUCUGUUACUUUUUGUAAUAAAUAAAUUUGUGCCAAUAAGAAUGUCCAAAGAAGAGGAAUUAGCUGGUUCAGAUUUUGUAGAACAUGGCAUCACUUUUGAACUGGAAGAUACCCAAUCUGUUAUCGGUAGUUUAGUUAAUCUUUUGGAACCAAGUGAAAAUCCAUCAAAAUUUUUAACGGCAAAAAUGUUUUUCCAAGAUUCAAAAUUUAAAAAACAAAAAAAUAAAAUAAAAAAUGGAUUUAGAGCAAUUCGACUUUUCCGUAAAAACUAA